UGCGUACUAUGCCUUUUGUUAUCCAAUAUUUCUUUAUUAAAAGAAAUAUUAGUUAAAAGUUAAAUGUAAAACAUGUAGACUAACUGUACAUACAGUUCGUCAGUCUUGCACCACAUAGAUUGUAUAUUUAACAAAAAAAAAAAAAACAGUUAAAAUGGUCGCUCUACUUUUAAACAGUGGUAAUGUUCGAUAUUUCCAUUUUUGUUCAUUCUCCUAAAACCACCAUUUUUUUUCGAAAAUUUCAAAAAUCCAAACCGCCCCACCCACUUAUAAAUUAACUUAAUCCCGAAUAGCUCCGUAAAAACGUAAAGGAAUAGCCGAUAAAACCAUCUCGUCAUCUGUGAAAUUAAACCUAAUUGGCUUACUCCUCCAAGGCUUCCUUUAUAGAUAUAUACGUUUUAACGUUGUACUUCUGAUAAGCUCGAAAUAAUUGACUUCUAUCUUCUAGGGUUUUAUUUAUGUUUAAUCAGGGCGAGCAUUUAUAACAUGAAAAAUCGGUUUUAAUUAUGCAUUUUUUUGAAUUAUCUUAGAUCCCCCUUAUUGGUUUAUUAACAGUCAAAAAUCCUUAAUAAUGAAAACCUUUAGAGUUGUUUAAAGGGAGUUGAAAAGACAAUUUCCAGCAUAUUCCAUAAAAUCCCUUCUUCUUUCAAUGUAAAUAAACCUUACUUAACAGAAAUUCGAAUGUGCCAGAUAUCACCAGGACGAACGCUAUUCUUUCCAAUUUAUUGUCGCAUCGGCGCAGGACAAAUAAAAACAGGAUUAGGCCGCCUAUUCCUGGAAACCCGGAAAGUUUUAUUAGUAUUUCUCUUUAAAGCUGCAAACAAGUUAACAAGCUAAAGGGUUAAUUAAAAAAAAACACGCAUAACUUACCAUGAUUCAAAUUUAUUAAAAUAAUGUCGGAAAAGUUGCAUGAAUACCAAGGUGUUCUCGGUCGGUUACACACCGUAAGAAGUGACUUUAGGGAAAAAUAUCUUCUAUGGAAAGAGGAGAAUCCAGGAGGAUGUUGCGAAUGGUUUCAAUCUAAAGUUGCAGGUAAAGGAGGUGAGGAAGAUGGCCAGGGGGUGGAAGGGUACUCGCAUAUUUUUAGAAGAAAAACUCGACGGGAACUAGUACGUAUAUCGGCGGCCGUAAUGGGCAUAGAGUUCUCCUAUGCGGCAGAAACAGCCUUCGUAUCACCUACCCUUCUAAAAAUCGGAGUGGAACAUCAACACAUGACCCUAGUGUGGGCCCUGUCACCUUUAGUAGGAUUCUUCCUCACGCCGAUCUUAGGAUCCUUAAGUGACAAGUGCCCUUCGAGGUACGGCCGAAGACGUCCAUUUAUAUUUUUUAUGUCUCUUGGAGUGCUUUUAGGUCUCCUAUUGGUUCCUAAUGGGGAAUCUUUGGGGUAUCUCAUAAGCGAUCCGAGACCAAUAGCAGAAAGCACAACAAAAGAACGUACUGUCGGAGUAAGACUAUGGUCGAAAGAUCGAUUGAAUAACCAAACGAUUAUUAACGCUGAUGUGGUACCGUAUAAUAAUUCGCAUCCUUGGGGAAUACUUUUUACUGUCCUGGGAACAGUGUUGUUGGAUUUUGACGCUGACGCUUGCCAAAGUCCUGCCAGGGCUUAUUUGCUAGAUGUUACCACAGCAGAAGACCAUGCUAGAGGAUUAAGUACUUUUACCAUCAUGGCCGGACUAGGUGGUUUCAUGGGUUACGCCUUGGGAGGCAUCAACUGGGACGCCACAUUUAUAGGUGAUAUCUUUGGUGGGCAUGUGAGGGCAGUCUUCAGCUUGAUCACCAUCAUCUUCAUUUUCUGCGUUGGCUACACCAUUACAAGCUUCAAGGAGAUGCCGUUACAUAUCUUAGAAUCCGGAACGGAAAACUUGAAUUUGAAAGACGUGGUGGGUGUGACUAAUAAAAGUUUCGACAGCGAGGAGAACCUCGGCAAAAGUGGUGAGCCGAAGAAGUCUUAUGGUUCUCUCAAUAAAGAUUCGUCCACAGAUAUUAGCCCGGAAAAAAGAUUCAGUCUUGCUCCGGACGCGAAUGCCUCCUUAAAAAUCUACUUGCAAAGUAUCGUCUACAUGCCUCACUCCAUAAGGAUGCUUUGCCUCACCAACUUAUUUUGCUGGAUGGCACACGUUUGCUACUCGUUAUAUUUUACAGAUUUCGUUGGGGAGGCCGUUUUUGGUGGCAGUCCUGUUGCUCCCGAAGGUACAAGCUUACGGGAACUGUACGAAUCCGGGGUGAGGUUUGGAUGUUGGGGCAUGUCAAUGUACUCUUUGUCUUGCGCCUGUUAUUCUAGCCUAAUUGAGAUGUUUAUUUCAAAGUUCGGUGCUAAAAAAGUGUAUAUAGGAGGUCUUCUGACUUACUCCGUUGGUAUGCUUAUGAUGGCCCUAACAAAAAACAAAGUGGGAGUAAUAGUAUUCAGUGGUACAGCUGGGGUUAUGUAUUCGACCCUGUUCACUAUGCCCUACUUGCUUGUGGCCCAUUACCAUGCAAAAGGCGUGUUUGAAGUAAACCAACAAGGAGAAGAACAAGUUUCCAGCCAAAUAAGGGGUUUGGGAACUGAUGUGGCAAUAGUGUCCAGUAUGGUGUUCCUGGCGCAGUUCAUACUGUCCAUGUGUAUGGGAACUAUUGUUAGUUUAACAGGUACCACCACCGCUGUGGUCAGUGUGGCCACCGCUUUGGCCUUUUUCGGUGCCAUAUCUGCCACGAGAGUUGUCUAUUUGGAUUUGUAAAUAUUGAAUUGAGGAAAUAUAUUAUUGUUGUUGUG